AUGGUGACCUCCAGCAUUAUUUAUACAACUUUCUCCAUAUAUUUUUUAUUCUCUCAACUUGUAACGGUUUCACAAUGUGCUCCUUCACCUGUAGUUGCAUAUUCUCAUCCUUCAACUCCUCAUAAUAUCAACACAGUUAUUUCAUCACAAAAACUACAAAAAUGUCCUCCUUGUCCGAAGGAUUGUUCCUUAAGUGAUACAAAUAAGGCCUUCGUAUCAAAACUGCGCUGCCCUCCACAAAUUGGAAAUUGUACAGCCAACAACGCUAUCGCAAAGCCAACAACUGGAGCUUUGAAGGGAAGAGGGGAACGCUGUUGUUGCUGUGAUUGUUGUUGCUGCAGGUAUUUUUACUUAGAUUCUUUUCAAUUUAAAUUCAUUUUCGAGGCCCUGUUGUUGCUGUUGUUGUAA